CUUAUUAUACAAAACUAAAACUAAAAAUGGAUACUUCAAGAACUGAUGCUAAGAAAGAUAAAUUCGUUGGUAACGUCAAGGAGAACGUUGGAUCUGCUGUAGGUAAUGAAUCCUUAGAAUCUAGAGGAAAGGCUCAACAUAGUGCUGGUAAUGCUCAAGAGACAAUGGCCAACAUUCAAGGUUAUGUCCAAGGUGCAGCUGACCAAGUCUCUGGUGCUGUAAAGGGUGCUUACAAUUCUCUUGUCGGAAAUACUGGCUCAGAGGCUGAAAAUAAGAUCCAGAAAAAUAAGGGUGAAGCUCAAAAGAGUUGGAACUCUUAAUUCUCUAUGCAAUCCACUACUUUCCCUUCCCUUACCCUAUUUGUAAAUACAUUAUUGUUAUACAUAUACAUAAUCUAUUUGUUAUAAUAAUAAAAAUAAGUAAUAGUAUGCUUGCUGUCAAAU